AUGAAAAAUGAAAAAACGUUAUUUGAAGUAACGAAUCAAGGUUUGAGAUAUUUGGAGAGGAUGGUUGAAGAGUGGUUUAAAAUUGAUGGUUCAUUUUUAAAAAAUCUUGUUGAAAGUAUACGUCGACGUAUUCUCGCUGUAAUUGCUGCUAAUAGGUACCCUACAUGGUAUUAA